UACAUCAUGAAAGUGUCAUUGUGUCUGCUUGUUGCCCUGUUUGUGGGGACUUUUGGGUCUGAUUCUGACCCCGAAGUUCGCGCAACGCCAAAUGAUGUUACUUAUUAUUUUUACACCAAACACAAUGUAGAUGCAGGCCACAGUUUCCAAAGUCUUGGUUCAAGUCUUCCUCAUUUCGAAGCGAAAAAGAGAACUUUUAUUUUGAUCCACGGCUGGAUGGAUGGCUACAACGCCGAUGUCAACAAGUUUGUCAAAUCUGCUCUUUUGGAAAUCCACGAUGUGAAUAUUUUUGUCGUGGACUGGAGCCCUAUUGCCAAAAAUCUUUACUCAACAGCUCGAAAGUCUGUUACAAAUAUUGGGCAAUUUGUCGGUAAUUUCGUCAAUGAUUUGAUCGACACUUAUGGUAUUAGUAGUUCCGAAAUUGUUUUAAUUGGGCAUAGUCUUGGUGCCCACAUUGCCGGAAAUGCUGGAAGUGUGAUUAAAAGUCCAGUGGGGCAAAUUAUUGGGUUGGAUCCAGCAGGUCCUGGAUUUUCCUUAAAUGAGACGGGAGAUCGUCUUGAUUCCAGUGAUGGGCAAUACGUCCAAGUUAUUCACACCCAUGGGCGUCUUCUGGGAUUUAGUUUUUCCAGCGGACAUGUUGAUUAUUACCCUAAUGGUGGAAAUGUUCAAGCUGGAUGCGGGCUUGAUCUUGCUGGUGUUUGUUCGCAUGCUAGAUCUUUCCAAUAUCUUGCUGAAGCGAUAACAGGGGGAAAAUUUUUAGCCACGAAAUGCGAUAACUAUUCAGACUAUCAAAACGGUAAAUGUGCAAACAACCAAAAGGCAUUUAUGGGAUCUCUUGUAGUCGAUCAAAGCGUUGUUGGAGAUUAUUUCUUGGAUACAAACAAAGCAAAGCCAUUCGCCCAAGGGUAGAAGACUUGACUGGUACCUUUCAUACUGUAGUUUAUAGACCCAAAAAUAAAAAAAACUUGUUUCCAAAA